UCUUGUGUUCUCUUCUCAAAGAAGAAAUAAUUUCAUUCUUCUUGAGUUUUUCCCCCCCCCUCUUCCGAUAUAUUUUUUUUUUUGUUCCUACGAAGAUGAAGCUGGCCUUAGUGGUCGUACUGGCUGUUGCCUCUUGUGUUCAUGCUGCUAUUAAGGAAGCUAGACCCCAUACCAAUCGGCCCGGACGAUUUCUGUCUUUGCCUAUUGCCCAAAAAUGCGCAAAUCGGCCGAAGGAAUUCAACUUUAAAGGGCACAACUACUUCCUGAGCAGUCAUGUGCCAGCUCAUGCAAACGCUAAAGUUGACUGGUUGGACGCCCGAAACAUCUGCAGGGAGUACUGCAUGGACCUGGUGUCAAUCGAGACACAGGAGGAAAAUAACAUGAUCUUCAGGCUCAUUCAACAAAAUGACGUACCCUACAUCUGGACCUCAGGUCGUCUCUGUGACUUCAAGGGCUGCGAAAAUCGUCGCGAUCUCGAGCCAAAAUCCCUGUACGGCUGGUUCUGGUCAGCAAAUCGCGAGAAGAUGGCACCCACCAACCAAUCACCUGCGGGAUGGGGCUACAACCCAUGGUCCCAGACUGGACAUAAGAAGCAGCGUCAACCUGACAAUGCAGAGUUCGACAUCAAUGGCACCACUGAAUCCUGCCUGUCUGUACUCAAUAAUGUUUACAACGAUGGUAUUGCAUGGCACGAUGUCGCUUGUUACCAUGAAAAACCAUUCGUUUGUGAAGACUCACAAGAAUUACUCGCUUAUAUCGCAAGCACCAAUCGUGGAAUUCGUUUGUAAAUUUUUUUCCUCGACAGAAAAAAAUUUUUACUGUGGAAAAUUCCUUUUUUGUUCGAGGGAAAAGUGAACUUUUUGUAGUUAAAAUUUAUUUUCCUCUUGAAAAUUAAUUUUUGAUUGAAUAAUUGAGUUUUCAACACUCAGAGUUUUUUUCGUCAAAAAUUCAUCUCUUCCACUUGAAAAAAAUUUUCACAAAAAAUUAUAUAAAUUCUAUAGAUUAUAUGA